AUGGCCACACUCAAGAAGUUUCUGAAGGCUGAUCUAUUUUCCUCCUCUUUUGCAGUAAACACGGAGCAGGAUGGAGAACAUGCUGCCACGGUGACACAUCCACUCCCUGCAGCCUUCUCGGACCUGCUCCCCCACUUCCUGGUGGAGCCCGAUGAUGUUUACAUCGUGAAGAACAAGCCAGUCACUCUCACCUGCCGCUCAACGCCUGCUACGCAGAUUUACUUCAAGUGCAACGGAGAGUGGGUCCACCAGGAUGACCACUUGAUUGAGCGCACAGUCGACCCUGCUACAGGUCUCCCAGUGAUGCAGGUGAAGAUUGACAUCUCCAGGCAGCAGGUGGAGAAAAUCUUCGGCCUGGAGGAUUACUGGUGUCAGUGUGUGGCCUGGAGCACUACAGGAACCCAGAAGAGCCAAAAGGCUUACGUGCGAAUCGCCUAUCUGAGGAAAAACUUUGAGGAGGAACCGCUGGGCAAAGAGGUGGCACUAGACCAGGAAGUGCUACUCCGCUGCCACCCUCCAGAGGGUGUGCCCACAGCUGAGGUGGAGUGGCAGAAGAAUGAGGAGCUGAUCGACCCCAAGGCUGACCCCAAUUUCUUCAUCACAGUGGACCAUAAUCUCAUCAUCAAACAAGCCCGGCUGGCCGACACUGGCAACUACACCUGCGUGGCCAAGAACAUUGUGGCCCGCCGCAAAAGCUCGUCGGCCGCCGUGAUUGUCUACGUGAAUGGCGGCUGGUCCACGUGGGCCACCUGGUCAGCUUGCAGUGCAAUCUGCGGCCGUGGCUGGCAGAAGAGGAGCCGGAGCUGCACUAACCCUGCCCCUCUGAACGGAGGCACCGCCUGCGAGGGCCAGAGCGUCCAGACGAGCGCCUGCACGGCUACCUGUCCAGUGGAUGGAGGCUGGAGCGAGUGGAGCAAAUGGUCAGCGUGUGGGACGGACUGUACCAUGUGGCGCAGCAGGGAGUGUACCCAGCCCGCCCCAGGAACAGGGGGCAAAGCGUGCCAGGGCCUGGAUCUGCAGUCCCUAAAUUGCACUAGCGAACAGUGCCCACAGACUGUGUCCGGCGCGGAGGACGUGGCCCUGUACGUGGGGAUUGUGGCCGUGGCCCUGUGUCUGACGCUGCUGCUGGUGGUGCUGGUGCUGGUGUACCGGAGGAAGAAGGCCGGUCUGGACGCGGAUGUGGCCGACUCGUCCAUCCUCACUACUGGCUUCCAGCCCAUGAGCAUCAAGCCCACCAAGCCAGAGAGCUCUCAUCUGCUGACCAUCCAACCGGACCUGACCACCACCACCACCAGUUAUCAGGGCACCCUGCGCUCUCGCCACGACAUGGCCCAGAAGUUCUCCGUGAGUAACGGUCCUCUGCUGGAGCCCCUGCCCAACGGCUCUCAGACACUGCAUAAUGGCAAGCUGCCCGGUGAGCCUGGAGACUUCGUCAGCCGCCUCUCCUCUCAGAGCUACUUCAAAACGCUGCCGCGAGACACCGUCAACACCUCCUAUGGCACCUUCAACUUCCUGGGUGGCCGCUUGACCCUCCCUAACACGGGGAUAAGCCUGCUCAUCCCCCCGGAGGCCAUUCCCAGAGGCAAGAUCUACGAGAUAUACCUCACUGUGCAGAGGAAGGAGGAUCUGAGGCUGCCCCUGGCCGGCUGCCAGACACUACUAAGUCCCGUGGUGAGCUGUGGCCCUCCGGGCGUGGUCCUCACCCGCCCGGUCAUCAUCAGUAUGGACCAUUGUUCAGAUGCUUGCCCUGAGAACUGGGCUGUCCGGCUGAAGAAGCAGUCUUACGAGGGAUCAUGGGAGGAUGUGCUGCUGCUGGGAGAGGAGCUGGUGUCUGAGCCGUAUUACUGCCAGCUGGAGGCGGAGACGUGUCGCGUGUUCACUGAGCAGCUGGGCCGCUUUGCCCUGGUGGGAGAGUCUCUCAGCAUGGCGGCCGCAAAACGCCUCAAACUGCUGCUGUUCGCCCCCGCCUACUGCUCCACGCUGGAGUACAGCAUCCGCGUCUACUGCACAGAUGACACACAGGACCUCAUCAAGGAGGUGAUGCAGAUGGAGGCGCAGCUGGGAGGCCGACUGAUUGACGAGCCACACGUGCUUCUCUUCAAAGACAGCUACCACAACCUGCGCCUCUCCAUCCAUGACCUGCCCCAGGCUCACUGGAGGAGCAAGCUACUCACCGGCUACCAGGAGAUCCCAUUCUAUCACAUCUGGAGUGGCUCCCAGAGGAGCUUGCACUGCACGUUCACGCUGGAGAGGCUGAGUGUGAGCACGUGUGAGCUUUCCUGCACGCUGUGUGUGUGGCAGGUGGAGGGAGAAGGCCAGAGCUUCAGCCUCGACUUCAAUAUCUCCAAGGAUAACAGGCCACUGGACAGUGAUUUCCUGCUGGUGGACAACAGUACUCCAGCCUUGGCGGGCCCCAGCGCCUUUCAGAUCCCGUACCUCAUCCGGCAGAAAAUCUGCAGCAGUCUGGACGCUCCCUGCCCCAACGGAGCUGACUGGAGGCUGCUGGCUCAGAGACUCAAGCUCGACAGGCACAUGAGCUUCUUUGCAUCCAAAGCGAGCCCCACGUCGGUGAUCCUGGACCUAUGGGAAGCCCAGCACUUCCACAGCGGAAACCUCAACCAGCUGGCCGCCGUCAUGGCCGAGAUCGGCAAGCAGGAGGCCAUGAUAUUCCUGGUGUCUGAUGGGGAGUGCUAACACACAAACACACAGACAGACAGAGAGACAGGCAGACAGACAGACUCUCUGAAUGGUGGGAGUAGAAAAGGUCCGCACCCUCCAUUAAUUAAUAGAGAAAGGACUAAUCUAAGAACAGGGUUUACCCACCAUGCAAGGCCAUUUGGGUGUGCUGUGAUUAACAGUAUCCAACUCCCCACUCACACGCAGUGCAUUUCUGUCCAGCAACGAUGUAUAAAAAACACCCCCCCAUCUCUA